AUGGACCAACAAUUGUAUCCCUUAAAUUUAAGAGAACUAAUCCUGAAUACUAGAAAACCAAUAGUUUUAAAGAAUUUCAAACAUCAGUGGACAUGUUUUGAAAAUGGCCUGGACAAAUGGUGUGAAUUGUAUGAUGCACAUAGUCCAGAAACUCCGGAAUUUGAAAGAAUUGCUUUGGGAGAAUCCAGCGAACCACAAUGGGAACGAAAAAGACAACAAAUAAGAAUAUCAGCUACGGAGUUUCUACACGACCACAGCAGCGAGCGUAACUAUUGGUCUGGUCUAAAUUAUAAGCGGAAGAAUGAUAUUCCUGAGGAGUGUUCGAAGGGUGUUGAUUUUGGAUGUUUCGGUUUUCCCCAUGCCACAGAUGAUUGUACAUUCUGGUUGAGUUCCAAAGGGGCCAACACUCCCUGUCACUAUGACACCUAUGGCUGUAAUAUUGUUGUACAGGUGUUUGGAAGAAAAUCUUGGCUAUUAUUUCCACCAAGCAAUACAGUUUUAACUCCAACCCGUAUACCCUAUGAAGAAUCAAGUGUUUAUUGCAAAGAAAACUUUUAUGCACCGAAUUCUAAAGAAUUCACACAACUCGAGCAGUUAAAAGGACAAUCCUACCAAUGUAUUCUUGAACCCAAUGAUGUACUGAUAGUACCCAGGCAUUGGUGGCAUUAUGUUGAGGCAUUAGAAAUAUCAUUGAAUGUAAAUGCCUGGAUACCACUUACCUGUGAUAUAGACAAUCAAAUUGAAGAAUGUAUAACUAAGCAUAUCAUGGAAACAUUCAUAAGAAAUUCCAGUGAUGACAUAAAAUCUUUCGUUAUGAACCCAAAUCAUCUUUCAGCUAUUGCCAAAAGCGAAGAGUUAUUUAAUAUUUUAGAAUACCUUUUGGAGCAAAAGCUUUCUGAAGAUGUGCACAAAGAGGAUGCUAAGAAAAGCGGCAUAUCCCAUCGAUAUCAUUAUUUAAAUGAAUCGGAAUUCACAGCUAUAAAACAUUCAAUUAGAAAUUUAUUUGAAGUUCCGAUAAUAGCUGAUGAUGAGUGGGUGGAAUAUUUGAGAAGACAAAGUUCCCGCUACCAUUCCAAAUCAUUGCUGCAAAAUGAGCAGGAUAGUGUUUACAAUUCCUUGAGUCAUAUCCAAGAGGCUAUGCUUAAUAGUUUAUGUAGUCCUAAUGUUGUUAAUGCUAUUAAAGUGGAAUUGUUAAAUCGUUAUAAUAAACAAAAUAAAAACUAUAAUUAA